GGAGGGAGAGGAGCGGAGGCCGCGCAGGGGAGGCCUGGGCGGGCCGGGCCCGGGCUCUGGUCCCGGCCCGGGCUUCUUCCGGCUCCCCCUCCCGGGCUCGGUCUGCCGGCUCCCCUAGGCGCGCACAGCUGGCCCUGCCUCGCUCCCCACGGGCCUCAACGCCGCCUUGGCCCCCACCGCUGCCGUUGCUGGGCUCGUUGCACACCUUGGGGCUCGGAGAGGAGCAACAACGCGCCCUCGAGCUGGGGCGGUGUUCCGCACUUCACGCAAGCCCCACCGUGCAGCCGAGCUUCAGUUUGCCCCUCCUUAAAAUGGGGAAAAGAAAGUCGCUUCGCAGGAUGUUUGUGGAUUUAGGGAGCUAGUAUGUGAGAGAAGCGUUUAAUACCAACAGGUGAGCCCUGUUCUCAGAGGCAGCUGGUGCUGACCCUGUGACACAAAAGAGAAAAUUGUGGGCUGAGCUGAGUCUUGGUACUGGGCCGUCUUGGAUGCAAAGAGGUUAUGUAGUCCAUCUGGAGGAAGUUUUGAACACUGAGUUCUAUUUGGGUAAAGUGGCCACCAUGUCCUUGAAGAUCCAGACAAGCAACGUAACUAACAAGAAUGACCCCAAGUCUAUCAACUCUCGGGUCUUCAUCGGAAACCUCAACACAGCUGUGGUGAAGAAGUCAGAUGUGGAGACCAUUUUCUCCAAGUAUGGCCGUGUGGCCGGCUGUUCUGUGCACAAAGGCUAUGCCUUUGUCCAGUAUGCCAACGAGCGUCAUGCCCGGGCAGCUGUGCUGGGAGAGAAUGGGCGGGUGCUGGCCGGGCAGACCCUGGAUAUCAACAUGGCUGGAGAGCCCAAGCCCAACAGACCUAAGGGGCUAAAGAGAGCAGCAUCUGCCAUAUACAGUGGCUACAGCUUUGACUAUGAUUACUACCGGGACGACUUCUACGACAGGCUCUUCGACUAUCGGGGCCGCCUGUCACCUGUGCCAGUGCCCAGGGCCGUCCCUGUGAAGCGACCCCGGGUCACAGUCCCCUUGGUCCGGCGUGUCAAAACCACCAUACCUGUCAAGCUCUUUGCCCGCUCCACAGCCAUUACUGCCAGCUCAGCCAAGAUCAAGUUAAAGAGCAGUGAGCUGCAGACCAUCAAGACAGAGCUGACACAGAUCAAGUCCAACAUCGACGCUCUGCUGGGCCGCUUGGAGCAGAUUGCUGAGGAGCAGAAGGCCAACCCAGAUGGCAAGAAGAAGGGCGACAGCAGCAGUGGCAGUGGUGGGGGUAGUAGUGGUGGCAGCAGCCGGCCACCAGCCCCCCAAGAGGACACGGCUUCUGAGGCAGGCACGCCCCAGGGAGAAGCACAGACUCGAGACGACGGCGAUGAGGAGGGACUGCUGACACACAGUGAGGAAGAACUGGAGCACAGCCAGGACACAGACGCAGAGGAUGGGGCCUUGCAGUAAGCAGCCUGGCAGGAGUGAUGGCCACCGGCAGGAGAAGGGCAUGCACUGUACCAGGCCUAAAGCUGGGCACCCACCCCUGGAGACUACCCCCAGCGGGUCCCAGGAGAGCUGGCAGCAGGCACCUCCUCCUCCACACAUCCCAGCCAGUGCCACAUCCUCUGCAGGUGGAGUUAUUGGCCUCCCCUUCCCAAGUGCCCUCCCUUUUGGCACUGCCCGGGCCAGAGGGCAGAGCACAGAGGUUUCCCUACACUCUACCUCCCCUCCCAGGACACUCCCAGGCUUGGGGUUUUUCUAUAGGUUGGAGAGGGGAGGGUCACAGGGAGGGUACCCUGACAAUAAAGAGAUUGGAUCCCAA